CGCGAGGCGGGGGGGAAGCAGCAUGGCGGCCGGGCGCGCGGCGCCUCCCCCGGGCCCGCUGCCCGCAUAGCCGCCCCCGGCCAUGGAGCUGGCCCGGCCCGCCUUCCCCGCGCUGCCGCGGCCCCGCGACGACUCCGAGGAUUGGACCUAUCCCAUGAGAAGAGAGAUGCAGGAAAUUUUACCUGGGUUAUUUUUAGGCCCAUAUUCUUCAGCUAUGAAAAGCAAGCUAUCUACACUUCAGAAGCAUGGAAUAACCCAUGUAAUAUGCAUACGGCAAAAUAUCGAAGCAAACUUCAUCAAGCCAAACUUCCAACAGAUGUUUAGAUAUUUAGUCUUGGAUAUUGCAGAUAAUCCUGUUGAAAAUAUAAUCCGAUUUUUCCCUACGACUAAAGAAUUUAUUGAUGGAAGUUUACAAACUGGAGGAAAAGUUCUUGUCCAUGGAAAUGCAGGGAUUUCUAGAAGUGCUGCCUUAGUAAUUGCAUAUAUUAUGGAAACAUUUGGAGUGAAGUACAGGGAUGCAUUUACUUAUGUUCAAGAAAGAAGAUUCUGUAUCAAUCCUAAUGCUGGAUUUGUCCAUCAACUUCAGGAAUAUGAAGCCAUCUAUCUAGCAAAAUUAACUAUCCAGAUGAUGACACCACGGCAGCUGGAAAGAUCACUAGCUGUUCCAGCUGGUACUACAGGAAGUUUAAAGCGAACACAUGAGGAGGAUGAGGAAUUUGGAAAUAUGCAAGUGACAGCAGCGCAGAAUGGCUGAUGUCCAGGGCAGCACUGUUCACGGAUUGUCAAGCGCUGCACAUAGGAGCGAAGAAAAAUUAACAAUGCAAAACGAACACACGUAGCUUCUUUUCAAUGACAUGUUGCUUCCAGAUGUCCAUCUGCCUCUGCAGCACAUGAAGCAGCAUUUUAAGAUGUUGGACUUCUUGAAUGACUAGAUGGCACUGAUUGUUUUACUCCUUUUUUACACUUUACAGUUUUAUUCUAAACCAAGAUUUUUGGACUUGCAAAGAGGUAUUAUUGCAAUAAUGCACUUUUCAUACUUGAAAUUUCUUUAUUUGUAUGAUAUAAAGUUAUUACUUUAAACAAAAUGCAAGCUGGGGAUUUGUUUAUAAAGUUAUUUGUGUAAUUUAUAACAAGAGACUUUAGUAAAGAAAAGUUUGCUAAAAUUCA